CUGCAAUCUGGGGCAGAGUGAGACCUCUUCGUGUUUCCUGCUUUCCACUUCAUUCCAACACAGAAUAGUGCUAAGGGAGGUGAUGGAGGAACAGAACUGCGAAUCUGACGGCAUGAAGACUGGGGGGAAAGGACAAGAUGCGUGAGGCCUUUGGGUCCUGCUAGACAAACGUAUGGAGCCUGAUGUAAUGCCUUUGCCCUCUUACUCCCCCCCUCCGCUGCAUGGCGACAGUGAUGACGAGGUGGGGUCAGAGGAGGAUGAGUUUGGGGAUUUUUCUGUGGGGGGCGUUUGCUCCCCACUCGGUCAUCCUGACGUUACGGAGCCACCACCCUUUUUCAAACAGACCUCUCCCAUCGACAAGCCAGCAACCCACCUGCUUAGCCCCAGCUUUAAUCACCUGACCGAACGAACACAACACACUCCAUCUGAGGAAUCUGGGAACAGUAAUCCUGAAUCUUCUUUGCACCCUGGCUCUGUAGCGAGCUGUUCUGUGGAGGAAACAGGGUUUGCUGAUUUCACUUUGUUCACAGAGCAGGUGGGACACCCCUGGUGUUGUGGCUUCACAGAGCAGUGGGAUGGCAAAGUGGAAGAGGGAAACCACAGCGUGGACGAACACAUACCUGAUUCAGGACGAGAGGUUAUGGAGUCUGAGCCUAGAUCCCAGCACGUAUGUAAGGCAAAUGGAGGUGUCUGCGUUGAGAACAAGCACUGUGAGAAAAAAAAUGCAGCACUCGUGCAACCACCUCAAGACCACCGUGGGUCUCAGGAAGAGAAGGCGAAUAUACAUUUUGGAUCUGCUGAGGAAAGGCUAAAUAUUCCUAGGAACACUCCGACAUUCCCACAGACUAUCACUGUGGAGGGGUCUGCUUCAGAUGACAGAGCUUCCUGUCAUAAUGAGUUGUCAUUGGAGGGUGCCUCUGCGGAGCUGGAACCAAAUGUUCUAUCCCAUACAUCUCAAGAUGGUCAGACUGAUGAUGCGAAAUUAUCUGUGAUGAUGGAAAGCUGUGGAAAUUCUGACUCCCUCGUCAGCAGCAGUAUGGCAGACCUCAGCCUGUCUCAGUCGGAGAUGGUUGUUUCUCACUGCAAUGCGACUCAGGAAACCUCUGCUACCUCCUGCCAGCCACACUCUGGUACACACACUCAAGAGAAAUGUACACACUUUAUCGACAUUAAUACGGAGCAUCACAGGGAACCCGUUGAGACAGCUGAUACAGGAGUGCAGAGCCUGGGAACUCUUCCACCCAGUGACAGCUUUGCAGAUUUCUGCUCGGCACCCGUGCAGGACGGUGAAGAGGGGCCAACGUGGGCGGACUUUACGGACCAAAGGGCACCAGCGGUGGGAAGAACGUGGAGAGAGCCGGUCAAUGAGGACAAGUGGGAGGAAUCAGAACAAGAUGGAGUGACAAGAAUAAACAGAUGUCAGGCUUCCCUGUCCUGCCAUGUCCAGCAGCUCCUCCAGUCCAGUUUCCCAGAAAUACAGGUCCCAGCUGUGGAAGGUGAGGAGGACCUGCCCAACCUUGGUGCUUUACUUCACACCCAGGACUCUCCAGAGGCUGAGGAGGAGAUACCAGAACUCCACCAUGCUCUGAGGAUUCAGCAGUUGAUGCUAAGCCUACGUGAGGACGUCCACUGCUCGCUUGGUCUCCAGUUUAAGUGGGGGGGUUCACACAGUAACACAACUCUGCUCAGGUGCCUUGGUGUGGACCCUAGGAACAUUGUUUUUAUUGGCACAAAGAAGCAGGCGGUGACUGUGCCAGCUUACACCUCUUCUCUGGGAAUGCUGGAUCCCACCAAAGACCCUUCACCAGCUGUCUGCUCUCCAGGACGCACAGCUGUCUCAGCACCCUCAGGGCCCGUGGAAACACAGGAAUCCUCGACACAUUCGGUGCAGGAGCUUCCUUUGAACAAGCCAGACUGGAGCUGCAGAGGCCUUAGCAGCUCCCAGGAGGUCUGGUCCUCAUUCAACCUUGAUUAUUUUGGGUCUGAAGAUGAAAGCAGGACCAGCAGCAGCAGCCGAGCCAGCAGUCCUCCUCCAGGUGUUGACCGUGAGCUGUAUGAAUUAAUCAUCUGCAAACUGGUAACUGGCAAUGAAAACAGCCAGAGAGAAGACACUCUGAAUCGCCUGAUGUCCGCUGCAGAGAGGACGAGCAUAUCUACCAGGAAGCCUUCAGCACAAGAAGAGCUGAGUGCAGAAGCUGGCAGAAUGAUUUCUGAACUUCCUGACCUGUCCUUCAUGCAGGCCAAAGUUCUGAUGUUCCCAAUAUUUCUCGCACCCAAUGCUCAUAGUUCCCCAAAACUACUGUAACAUGCAACACUGAAAGCCUAAUCUGCCACUUACAACUUACUUGUUUGAAAAGACAAGGAAAACAUUAAAUAUGUUCAUUACACGAGCUAAUGUACUGUAGAUAAGGCAGAAUCUGAGAUGCCCCAUACUGGCCUAUUUAACUUUCAUGUUUUGAUCAAACUACGCCACCCGCUGGCUAUUCAAUACAUCUUAUUCUUAUUCAGUGUUGAGGACAAUCAAAAAAAUAUUUACUAUUAAAACUUGAGCAGAUAUACAGCUGCAGUACUGUGAAUACAAGUAUUAUUCUUCUAAAGUGCACUCUUCAGGUUUUACUUUGAUUUUAUCCAACAUGUAUUCCCUUAAAUAUUGUAUUAUGAUGAAUUCUUUAAAUAUUUAGAGUAUGCAUAUGUUUUAUUAAAAAUGUUUCAGAUUAAGCAUAUGUAAGAUUAUAAAAGACAAAUUAUAUAUUUUAUAUAUAUUUUUCCUCACAUAUCCGAAAUAAUUUAGUUUAUGGAUCAUCUGAGAAGUCCUGAAGAUGGGAAGUUGCAAAUAUAAG